AUGUUCAGAGAUAUUGCUGAAGAAGAUAUAGAUGGAUUAGUUCUGAUAGUUGGUCGUAAUGGCAGUGGUAAGAGUGCAGUUCUUACAGCAUUGAUAGUCGGUUUGGGAGGUAGGGCAUCCGCCACUAGUAGAGGAAACAAUUUGAAAUCAUUCAUUAAAGACGGCAAGUCUCAGGCAACCAUAGAGAUAAAAAUAAAAAAUAGCAGUCCAAGAGCAUUCAAACCUGAAAUAUAUGGUGAUAGCAUAACAAUUGUGAGAACAAUUACUCAAACGGGUGGAGGUUAUAAAUUCAAAAACCAUCAAGGUUUGGUGAAAUCUACAAAGGGUUCUGAUAUAAAUGCGAUAACAAUGUUUCAUGACAUACAAGUUGAUAACCCAAUAUCUGUUCUGAACCAAGAUGAUGCUAGGACUCUGCAUGGUAAAGAUGGAAAGAAAAAGUACACAUUGUUCAGAAAAGCAGCUCACUUUGAUCAAACCGAGUAUUAUUACAACAAGGCAUUAGAAAACUGUAAAAAAGCUACAUCCAUAUGGAAAAGAAAGAAUGAAGCGUUUGAAAAACUUUCCAAAGAACACGAAAGACUUACAAGACUAUAUAAUCAGUUAAAACCAAAAGAAGAGAUAGAAGCACAGAAAAAAGAACUUCAAGAUGAGAUUAAGUGGUGCGAUAUUAGAGAUAUCGAGAAGGAAGUAAAGAUUAUUCAGACUAAAUGUAGGGAACAACGUUCUAAUUGUCAAAAUAUGACUGAAAAACUAAGAUCACUGAAAGAAAACUAUGGAGGUGGUAACAGUCAAGUUGAGCUUCUGAAGCAGCAGUUGAAUGAGCCCGAAGCCCGUCAUCGUCAAUUGAAACAUGAAGUGCGCGAGGCGGAGACAGCGCUCCGUGUGGCCAAUGAGAGUCUACAAACUGAACGACAUGCGCACGCGCAGAUUAAAACACGACGUUCAAGGGAACAGGGACAGGUGGCGGACUUAGAGAGGGAGAUACAGAAAAUAUUGGGCGGUGAGAAUGAAAGUGCGUCUCGUCGUGAGGCGUUAAACAUUAAGUUGGUCAAGCUUCAGGAUGAAUUGAAAGAAACUCGCAUCAGACACGACACAGCGGCACAUCAAGAGACGCAGGCCGCUCAGAACGCGAAUAGAGCGGACGACGAAUAUGACGACUUUAGGAAACAGACGCGCGAACUUCACGCGAAGAUGGAGAAACUGUCAGUGAAUGUUCGUGAGCUGAGCGAGCAGUCGACUGACUCGCUGGCAGUUUUCGGCGCUACUAUGGUUGAGUUUUGUGCUCGUGUCCGAAGAGAUGUUCAAAACGGCCAGUUCACUGAAGCACCCAGAGGACCUAUUGGCAGCUUUGUAAAAGUCAAAGACAAGCGUUGGGCCGGAGCCUUGGAACAUAUAUUGGACGGAUGCAUGUUCAACUUCUGUGUGAACCAUCCGAGAGAUUCGAAACGGCUCUUCAAAAUAAUGGAGGAGGUUUGGAGAGACAGAGGCGGUCGUAAGCCGGCUGUAACGUGUAGCGCCUUCAGGCCACAAGUUCAUGACGUCACUAUGCGCAGAACCUCUGCCCGCGGCGCCGUCUGCGCCCUCGACGCCCUUGAAAUAGAUGACGUGGUUGUCGCCAACUACCUCAUAGACAACCUCGACUUAGAGACCGUCUUACUAGUGCCCACCCACGAUGAUGCGGUACGUCUCUGUAUGUCCGUUGAGAGCGUGCCCGCCAACUGCCAUAAGGUGGUCACAGCGGACUGUUCGGAGUAUAUGCCGGCGCCGCGAUACAGAAUAUACGGCGGAAGGGAAAGGACGCCUCGCUUCCUCAGCACAUCCAUAGGAGAUCGAACCAGGCAGCUUCAGGAACAAAUAGCGGAGUUAAAGAAGACAUUAUCAGAGAGGAGGUCCGAAGAGGCGCGGCUGGCAGCGGCUAAAGAAAGUGCUAGAAAGAUUCAGGAACAAGCUGCUGCUCAAUUGCACGCGCUGCAAAGUAACCUGCGGCAGUUCGAGCGACGACUAACAGAGACUAAAGAAGCGCUUGAAGAACAUGCGGCACCGCGGAGAGCUAUGCUUGAGGAGGAAUAUGAUAAAUAUAAAGAGAAGAUCAAACGUUUGGAUGAUGAUUUACAAAAGGUGGCGGAGAAAGUUAAGAUUUGUGAAAAACAGAAAGAGGAGGCUGACAGGCGCUGUGCACAGCUUAAGGCGGACUUCGAGGAAAUUGAUAGGGAAUACAAAAAACUGAAGGAUACACUGAUUCAGAAAGAACUUGAGAUUGAGAGCGGACAGACAAAGGUGUUGAGCUUCGAGAUGAGAGUUACAGAGGAACAAGAAAAAUUGAAGAAACUCGAACAUGUGUUGACGCAAAGAAAAAACGUGCUCCAACAACAAAUGGAAGGACUAUCUGACAGGCCGCAACAACUCAGGUCCAAAUCGGAGUUGCAAAAUCAAUUGAGAGAAAUUGAACAAAAACUGUCCGCUAUAGACUCCAACCGACUCCCGAGCCGGAAAAAAGUACACGAUGAUUUAGUAGCUGUCACGAAAAGAAAGAAUUUGGUUGAGACCGAAUUGAAAACACUCCAGGGUCUAAUUAAGGAGAUAGAGAAGAUAACAAAAGACCAUUUAAACCUCUGCUACCAACUGCAGAUCGAUAUCGGACGAAGAGUGCAGUUUUGUUUUAUCGAUAAAUUGAAACUCCGCAAAUAUAAGGGGCAGAUAAUUUUGGAUCACGGUGACCGUAUUUUGGAUAUAGAGGUCGCUGGUAAGACGACCGACACGUUGUCGGGCGGCGAACGAUCAUACUCCACCAUGGCAUUGAUCAUGGCGCUAUGGGAGUGUGUCGAACUGCCGUUUUAUUUCAUGGACGAAUUCGAUGUAUUUAUGGACAAUGUAAACCGUGACAUUGUAUGGGAUCUGUUAGUAAAAUUCGCGGCUCGACGUCCUAGUAGGCAGUUCGUGUUCUUCACACCUCAGACGCUUCCUAUAACUGCCAGCGACAUUAUUGUACACAGCCUCGAUAACCCCACGAGGAUGAACAACGUGUGA